ACACACACAGACACACACACACAGUGUUAUGUUACAUGCUGAAUAAAGUGAGAUUUGUAUGAUUUUACACUUUUUUGUGGUGUUUAUGAUGACUUUGCACUUUUCUUGCUGGAGUCUUUACUCCCUUGGGUGCCACCAAGUGGGCGGAGCUAAGCCCAGUGAGUGUUCUAACCCAGUUAUCAAGGGGGCGUGUCCUCUUUCAGCCCAUUCCUUUUCCACCAACCACCACUUUUGUCAACUCCUCAAAUGCCACUGGAAGGAGUAUUGAAUCUAGUCAUGUGACUACAGUACUCGACCAAUAGUACGCCUGUAAAACCAAGACCACAACUUCCUGUGUGGGACUUCAUGACCAAGCCGUGUGGGAGGGGCUGCUCACUGCCAGCAACUGUUGAUCUCACCCUGUGGCCCCGCCCACCCACACUAAGGCCCCGCCCCCUAAAGGCUGGCUGUCCUGGCAGCUGCCGAGCGUCUCAGAACUCUUGUCCAAAUUCUCAAGACUGAAGGAGCGGAACCAGAAGUGCCCGCCCACACCCCACUUAUGUCAACGCAGGGGGCGGAGUCAGCGUACGCAGCGAGGCGGUACUGCUGGUGAUGGCGACCCGCAGGCGCGUGGUGCUUGGCGGCGUGACGGCGGUGUCGCUGCUGUGCGUGUACGUGCUGUGUGGGAACCUGCAGACGCCACUCAAACAUUUGGGGUCAUGGCGGUCACUCACCAGCCAAUCGCAGCGUCUUGACCAGAAGGGCAACAUGUCAAGCCCCGCCCCCUCGCCGACGCAUGUGCAUGCUGGUACCCCUCGCACGCCCUCGCUGCACACGUCCUCGCUGCACACGCCCUCGCUGCACACGCCCUCGCCGCACACGCCCUCGCCUGCUGGCCAUCAAGACGGUGUGAAAACAACCACUAGAAGCACUUCUGUGUCGCCGCCUCGCCGGGAGGCCACGCCCACUGAAGACGAUUUCAUUGGCGACACCUACAUGACUGUGGAUGUCCCGCCUCUAUCUGACUGCCCGGACGCCAUUCGAAGCCGCGUGGCAAAGACAGAAUUCGCCGGGCGCUUCCUGAAGAACAUUCCGGUGCUGCAGUGGUCCGAAGACGCCACGCGUGACCAGCACUGCCGCCUGAGCCGAUACGCGGGAGCGCACGGCUGGGCGGGCAUCGCCUUUGACGCGCUGGCAGAGACGCUGGCGGCGCUCAACUCGUCCGCCAACCGCAUCAUGACGGACGACUGGAAGUGGCGCCGUGCGGCGUCCCGCUGCAUCCGCUGCGCCGUGGUGGGGAACGGCGGGAUCCUGAAGGACUCCAAGAAAGGCCCUGAGAUCGACCAGCACCACUACGUCUUCAGGACCAACGGCGCCAUCACGGCGGGCUUCGAGCAGGACGUGGGCGCUCGGACCACCCACUACACCUUCUCCACCAACACGCUGGUCAACUCCCUACGCAGCUACGCCGCCCUCGGCUACCGAGGACCGCCGCGCUCUCAGGAGACACGCUACGUCUUCCUGCCGGACCACGACCGCGACUAUCUGCUGGCGAAGGCGGCGGCCACGCACGGCACCGUGCAGCGUGGGCCCGAGCGCGGCCAAGACCCGUCGCGCUACUUCGGCGAGGACGUGUCGGCCGCCAAGCUGAAGAUGUACCACCCCGAUUUCAUCCGCUACCUCAGGAACAGGUUCCUCCCGUCCAACACGCUCAGAAGCAAGUACAGGAACCUCUACCGCCCCUCCACCGGCGCCGUCAUGCUGCUGGCCGCGCUGCACACCUGCGACCAGGUCAGCGCCUACGGCUUCAUGACGCCCGACUACUCCAAGUACUCGGACCACUACUACGACCGCCGCUAUCACGCCGUGGGCUUCUUCCUUAACCACGACCUGCGCCUGGAGAUGCACCUGUGGCAGCAGCUGCACAGCGUCGGUCUCAUCCGCCUCUACACGCGCUCCUGACCCCGCCUCUACACACGCUCCUGACCCCGCCUCUACACGCUCCUUCGGAUUGCAGUAACCAUGGUAACAGCUUCACGCUGAGACAGUCUGGUGGCCAUCUUGGAUUGUUUCCUAUGACCACUCCCCUCCCCUUAUUGCACAUAACCAUGGCAACCACUAAGCCCCGCAAAGUGUCUUGUUGCUAGGAUACCACUGACCACAAGCCUGUUGCUGACCACAAGCCUGUUGUUGCUAGGAUACCACUGACCACAAGCCUGAAUAAUGUUUUUUACAAAGUGCCUUCAGAAUAAUGUUGACUGGAAACCUUUUUGUUGUCUUUUGAAUUGUGUUGGUCAUUUUUUUCAAUAAAUUAACUUAAUUUGG